AUUGACUGCUUUUUGUGUUGUUUUUUGGUUGCAUUUUAUUUACAAUAACGAUGUUACGGAGAGGGCAGGCGAUGCUGCCUUUCUUCUUAUUGGCCUGGGUCUUGAGGCUCACACAAGCUCUUGCUUCAGCUCAUGAUCGCCUGCAGGAUGAAGCAGCUGCAAAUUCCAUGUCAGGGACAGGAAACUUGGAUCGUGGAGGGAACUUGAGCUUAGCUACUGAUUUAGCCAUUCCUUAUGCUGAGGACCUUUUUUCUAAACAGGAUUACUUUUCACCAAAUGGAAAAGGUGAACUUUCUGAGAUUGCUGGUUAUUCUGCAGAUCAACAGAGGCAGUCUCUUGAUCAUGUGUUUUCUGAGUCUGAUGCUACAAACGAUGGGCUUUUUGAUUUCAGCCAGCAUUAUAGGUAUGAUGAGGAUGCUCUUGAACAGCCUGGCUUUUCCAAUCCAGAUAGUGAUGACUUCAAUUCUGAUUUGACCAAGAACUCUGUCCCUUUUGCUGCUGACAACUACCCUAUGGCUUCAGACUCUGAAGGCGAUGUGGAACAUGCACUCUUUACUGAUCGGAGUAAUGACCCUGAUGACUUCCCAGAAGUCUCAGCAUAUGCUGAUUUAGCUACUUCAGAUAAAGAAAAUGUGUCUAAUACUGCUACCCUUGAUCUCAAUGAUUUGGUUAAUCUUGCAGCAGAAAUGGGUAUAGGUGAACUUGGCAAAGAGUUAGAUUCUUCUGACCACAAGUCUGUUACCUAUUCUGAAACCCUAGGCUAUGAUUCUGCUGCCUUUGCAGAUCUUGAAAAGGAAGGCACUGAUACUUUGCAUCCUGGUGUGCAUUCCUAUCAUCGUAAGGACCAAGUUACUGGUGACCUUAAUGAAAUGCAUGUUUCUUCUUUUGACCGCUCUGUACUUACUGAUAUAAAUCUGGAGUUGGAUGAAGCUCUUUCUCCAGCUCUUAAGAUUGCCAGUGCACUCAACUCUCCUGAUCUCUCCGGAGGUCCCAGGGUGCCAAGCAGCAUCUAUGAUGCCUCUAUAGGGCCCUAUGGUACAUUUAAUCGACCUAUUACCCCACCAAACCCUCCUCCCCAUAGCACAGGAGAGCCAACCACCCUGGCUUCAGCAACUACAUGCAAUGUUGCAGACAUGGCCAUCAAAUUGUUUGGUGGAAGGCUAACAGACCUCAAAGUGCGAGCUGCCUUCAUAUUUGUUGAAGUAAGCAAGAUUACGCAGAGGUGCAGAUACAAAGUGUUUGAGAGAAAUGGAGUUGUUCACUUUACAACUGCCUUCAAAGGUUGCAAUGUGAAGAUCCAGGGUGGGCAAUAUGUCCUGACCCUGAUGUGGAGAAACCACUAUGUGCAUAUGUCCUGUCCAAUUUCUACAUCUGAUAAACCUGUUGCAAUCUGUGGUACGAGUAGCAUGACCAUCACACUCCCAGCAGGACCAGUAGAAGCACUUCGUGUAAAAAAUAAAUUAAACAAAUGGGUAUCCAUUCACCAAGUUGCUGUUAAAUGCAAAUAUCAACUGUUGCGUGAUUCAGAGGGAAGGAUCACUUUCACUACUUCCUACAAUGGAUGUCACGUGAGGAGAUCGAUGGAUCGUUACUUCUAUAACAUCUACUAUCAAAUGGCUCCAGGGAAGCUAGGACAGGCAGUCAUGUCUUGUAGGACCGGAAUUAAUGUCACAGUCCCACCUGAAGCGUCUUUGCCGUCUGUAUUUUGUGCCAAGUCUGGCAUGAUAAUCAAAUUGCCUAAGGGACGUCUUGAUGCAGUCAAAGUGAUAGAUGGUUUUGGCAAGGCAAUACCUGUCGGUAGUAUUGCCAAGAAAUGUAAUUAUCAACUCUUUCAAAUGAAGACUGGACACAUCAUCUUGAUUGCUUCCUUCCAAAGCUGUCAAGUUGCGUUUGUGGAUGGUUGCUUUGCCUUGAAUAUCAAGUUCCAGCAUGCUGAUCGUGUAAUGGGAGAGGUCUCUGCGCUUUGCCAUGCAGGUGGGGGGCCAAAACCAACUUCCCAACCUGAUACUCCUACAACUCGAGAUGUAACUUCCAGUAUACUGUCUACAGUAAUUCCUGCGGAUGUGUCUGCUACCAUCUGCAACAAGGAUGGCAUGACAGUAGUUCUACCCAAUGGUCCUUGGUGGGGGAUUAGAGUGAAAGAUCUUUCUGGCAAAGAGAUCACUGUGACUAGUGAUUUUGCAGAACGAUGCCAUUACAAUCUCUCUCUGAAUCUGGAGAAAAUAAUCUUUACAACUACCUACACUGGCUGUUUUGUUGAGCAAGUGGGAGAUCGGUAUGUCCUGACUGUCCUGUACAGAACAGCUACUUGGAAUCGAGGGUCUGUGCGGAUGGAAUGCCCAACCAGUGCUGGAAGCCCUACAGAAUUGCCUCCUCUUUCAGCCACUGUGGGGAAACCCAUUAGUGUCUGCAGGUCCUCUAACAUGACUGUGGUGCUGCCUGCAGGAUCUCUGGAAAAAGUCUUGGUUCUAGAUCACCUCAACAGGCCAGUAAAAGUCAUUGAUGCGCCCAAGUCAUGCAAUUACAGCAUGGUGGAGAGAAGAGGACAGAUCCUCUUCACAGCUCCCUACAGUGCCUGUGAUGUCAAGAUCCUGAAUGGAAACUAUGUCCUGGCCAUUAUGUAUACAAGUUAUUCUGGAGGCUUUGCGUCGGUGCAGAUGGAAUGCCCUACCACUGGAGAACCAACAAAACCCCCUCCCUCUACAAAACCCAUUCCUCCAACUCCUGUCUGUGGCGCUUCCAGCAUGAUCGUGGAGCUGCCUGAGGGGCCUCUGGAACAAGUCAAGAUAAUGAAUGCCUCCAAUGGGCUAUGGGUAGCUGUAAAGGAUGUCCCAAAGAACUGCAACUACACACUGAUGAAGGAAAGAGGAAGAAACCUCUUCAUAACCUCCUACAAGGCCUGUCAUGUCUGGAUACUGAAUAAAAACUAUGUCUUGACUGUAAUCUACACAACUGCAACUGGGGUAAGAGGGAUGGUGCAAAUGACUUGUCCAGCUGUAGAGACAACAUCCCUUACUACUAGGUCUACAACUAUUGGGAAGCCAGUGACUACUGGGAAACCUACAAAACCAACUCUCCCUCCCACUCCUGUCUGCAAAGCCUCCAGCAUGACUGUAGCACUGCCCUCUGGGUCACUACAAGUUUUGUUAUUGAAUCUGUCCAAUGAAUGGGUAGAUAUCGAUGCUGCUCCCAGUUACUGCAACUACAGUUUGGUGCAGGGAAGAGGCGGCAGGAACUUCUUUACAGCCCCUUACAGGGCUUGUGAUGUCCGGAUACAGAAUGGAAACUACAUGUUGACCUUGCUUUACAUAACUGCUGCUGAUAAACGAGGGUACUUGGACAUUAGAUGUCCCACCACUGGUGGGGAGCCAACAGAGACUACUAGCCCCUCUGGUGGGGAGCUGACCGGAACUACUGCUGGAGAAACGACAACUACUUGGAAACCUACAAUGCCUACUCUCCCUGACACUGCUCUCUGCAGAGCCUCCAGCAUGACUGUAGAAUUGCCCUCUGAGUUGCUUCAAGUUCUACUAUUGAGUCCAUCCAAUGAAUGGGUAGAUAUCAGUAAUGCUCCCAGUUACUGCAACUACAGUUUGGUGCAGGGAGGAGGCGGCAGGAACUUCUUUACAACCCCCUACAGGGCUUGUGAUGUCCGGAUACAGGAUGGAAGCUACAUCUUAACCUUACUUUACAUAACCAUUGCGAAGGGAGGCUACGUGCACAUGAGAUGUCCAAUAAAAACCACUACUAAGCCAACCAAGACUUCUAGAACCACCACUAGGAAGACUACCAGUAUCGCCACUGUAGGGGUGACCGAGGCCCCUGCAACUGUGGUCUGCACCGCCUCCAGUAUGGUGGUGGAGCUGCCCAAGGAACCUCUAAGACUUGUGAAGGUUCUAGAUAAAUCCAACCGGUGGGUAGCUGUCAUUGAUGCUCCCAAGUACUGCAACUACACCUUGUUGCAGGGAAGGGGAGGGAACUUCUUCAUAACCCCCUACACGGCCUGUGAUGUCAGGAUAUUGAAUAACAACUAUGUUUUGAAGAUCUGGUAUUUGGCAACUGGUGGCAAAAAAGGGUAUAUGGUGAUGAAAUGCCCCACCGAUGCUGGAGAACCCACAAAAGCACCAACAACUACUUGGGAGCCAACCAAGAGUACCAGGACCACCAUCAGGAGGACUACCACAACAACCAUUGGGGAGCCGACCAGGACCACCAGCAGGAGGCCUACCAGGACCACCAGCAGGAGGACUACCACAACAACCAUUGGGGAGCCAACCAGGACCACCAGCAGGAGGCCUACCAGGACCACCAGCAGGAGGACUACCACAACAACCAUUGGGGAGCCAACCAGGACCACCAGCAGGAGGCCUACCAGGACCACCAGCAGGAGGACUACCACAACAACCAUUGGGGAGCCAACCAGGACCACCAGCAGGAAGACCACCAGCAGGAGGCCUACCAGGACCACCAGCAGGAGGACUACCAUAACAACCAUUGGGGAGCCAACCAGGACCACCAGCAGGAAGACCACCAGCAGGAGGCCUACCAGGACCACCAGCAGGAGGACUACCACCACAACCAUUGGGGAGCCAACCAGGACCACCAGCAGGAAGACCACCAGCAGGAGGCCUACCAGGACCACCAGCAGGAGGACUACCACAACAACCAUUGGGGAGCCAACCAGGACCACCAGCAGGAAGACCACCAGCAGGAGGCCUACCAGGACCACCAGCAGGAGGACUACCACAACCAUUGGGGAGCCUACCAGGACCACCAGCAGGAGGACUACCACAACAACCAUUGGGGAGCCAACCAGGACCACCAGCAGGAGGCCUACCAGGACCACCAGCAGGAGGACUACCACAACAACCAUUGGGGAGCCAACCAGGACCACCAGCAGGAAGACCACCAGCAGGAGGCCUACCAGGACCACCAGCAGGAGGACUACCAUAACAACCAUUGGGGAGCCAACCAGGACCACCAGCAGGAGGCCUACCAGGACCACCAGCAGGAGGACUACCACAACAACCAUUGGGGAGCCAACCAGGACCACCAGCAGGAAGACCACCAGCAGGAGGCCUACCAGGACCACCAGCAGGAGGACUACCACAACAACCAUUGGGGAGCCAACCAGGACCACCAGCAGGAAGACCACCAGCAGGAGGCCUACCAGGACCACCAGCAGGAGGACUACCACAACAACCAUUGGGGAGCCAACCAGGACCACCAGCAGGAAGACCACCAGCAGGAGGCCUACCAGGACCACCAGCAGGAGGACUACCAUAACAACCAUUGGGGAGCCAACCAGGACCACCAGCAGGAAGACCACCAGCAGGAGGCCUACCAGGACCACCAGCAGGAGGACUACCACAACAACCAUUGGGGAGCCAACCAGGACCACCAGCAGGAAGACCACCAGCAGGAGGCCUACCAGGACCACCAGCAGGAGGACUACCAUAACAACCAUUGGGGAGCCAACCAGGACCACCAGCAGGAAGACCACCAGCAGGAGGCCUACCAGGACCACCAGCAGGAGGACUACCACAACCAUUGGGGAGCCUACCAGGACCACCAGCAGGAGGACUACCACAACAACCAUUGGGGAGCCAACCAGGACCACCAGCAGGAAGACCACCAGCAGGAGGCCUACCAGGACCACCAGCAGGAGGACUACCACAACAACCAUUGGGGAGCCAACUAGGACCACCAGCAGGAGGCCUACCAGGACCACCAGCAGGAGGACUACCACAACAACCAUUGGGGAGCCAACUAGGACCACCAGCAGGAGGCCUACCAGGACCACCAGCAGGAGGACUACAACAACCAUUGGGGAGCCUACCAGGACCACCAGCAGGAGGACAACCACUGGGGAGCCAACCAAGACCACCAGCAAGAGGACUACGACAACCAUUGGGGAGACUACCAGGACCACCAGCAGGAGGACUACCACGGGGAGGACUACAACAACCAUUGGGGAGCCAACUAGGACCACCAGCAGGAAGACCACCACAACCACCAUUGGGGAGCCGACCAGGACCACCAUUGGGAAGACAACCAAGGCCCCUACAACUGUGGUCUGCACAGCUUCCAGUAUGGUGGUGGAGCUGCCCAAUGAACCUCUAAGACUGGUCAAGGUUCUAGAUAAAUCCAACCAGUGGGUAGCUGUCAUUGAUGCUCCCAAGUACUGCAACUACACCUUGUUGCAGGGAAGGGGAGGGAACUUCUUCAUAACCCCCUACACGGCCUGUGAUGUCAGGAUAUUGAAUAACAACUAUGUUUUGAAGAUAUGGUAUCUGACAACUGGUGGCAUAAAAGGGUAUGUGGUGAUGAAAUGCCCAACCAGUGCUGGAGAACCCACAAAAGCCCCAACAACUACUCCCACUACAUGGGCGCGAACCAAACCGACCAGGACCACUGGAAUUGCUACGAAGACAACUGUGACAACCACUGGUGGGGAGCCAACUGUAGUCUGCACAGCCUCUAGUAUGGUAGUGGAGCUGUCCAAGGAACCUCUGGUACUAGUAGAGCUUCUAGCUGAAUCCAGCAAGUGGGUAGCUGUCAUUGAUGCUCCUGAGGAUUGCAACUACACCUUGGUUCAGAGCCGAGAAAGGAACUUCUUCAAAACCCCCUACAUGGCGUGUGAUGUCAAGAUUCUGAAUGAGAACUACUUCUUGGCCUUGCGCUAUACAACAAUUGAUGGUAAAGUAGGGUAUGUGCAGAUGAAAUGUCCAACCAGUGCAGGAGAACCAACAAAAGAUCCUGCAACUACAAACACGACCAGGAAAUCAACAAGGACCCCCCCAGCACCAGAUGUGGUGUGCAACUCAUCCGGAAUGAUGGUGGAGCUGCCCAAGGACUCUUUAGACCUAGUGGAGCUUCUAGAUUAUGCCAACAAAUGGGUAGUUGUCAACAAGGCUCCCAUGUACUGCAACUACACCUUGCUGCAGGGAAGUGGAAGGACCCUUUUCAUAACCCCCUACAAAGCCUGUGAUGUCAGGAUACUGAAUGAGAACUACAUCUUGACCCUCCGCUAUACAACUUCUGGGCAACAAGUUUAUGUUCACAUGAAAUGCCCCACCAGUGCUGCAGCACCCACAAAAACACCUUCCUCUACAACCACUACUGGAAAACCACCAAUACCCACUGUCUGCAAAGCCUCAGUCAUGACAAUAGAGCUGCCUGAAGGACCAAUUGAACAAGUAGCCCUGAUAGAUAAAUCCAACACUCUGGUAACUGUCAAAGAUGAUACCAGAAAGUGUGGCUACAGCUUGGUGCAUGGGAGAGGAAAGAACCUCUUCACAACCCCUUACACAGCCUGUGAUGUGAAGAUGCUGAAUGGGAAUUAUGUCCUGACUCUAGCAUAUGUAACCCUUACUGGGGAAAGGGUACUGGUGCAGAUGAAAUGUCCAGUCAGUGCAGCUUUACCAACAGGGUUGCCGCUCCCUCCCUUUGGGGUUUCUGUCCUCUGCAGUGAUACUUGCAUGACAGUGGAACUUCCUGGGGGACUGCUACAAGAUAUCCAGUUAAUGGAUGAAUCCAACAACUUGGUAGCUGUUACCAGUGCUCCCAAGACUUGUGGCCUCAGUUUGGUGAGGGGGAACGGCAAGAACAUCUUGACCGCUCCUUACAAGGCCUGCAAUGUCAAGAUACUGAACAACUUCUACAUCCUGAGAGUCAUUUACACCACUCUUACUGGGGAGCGAGGAGAUAUACAGGCCAAGUGUCCUGUUCCUGGUCUAGUACCACGUGAGGGGUGCAAGAUACCAAGAAGUCAGCAGGUUGCUUGUGGUCCACCUAAUGCUGAUCCACAACUGUGUGUGGCCAAUGGAUGUUGUGUGGAUGCAACAACUUCCCAGUGUUACUAUCCUUUGAAUGCAUGCACUGCAGAUGGCCAUUUUGUAUUCUCCGUAGACCGCACCUCAACUAAGCCAGAAAUCGAUCCUGGCAGUCUAGUAAUUGCAGGAAACCGAUCAUGUGCCCCAGUAAUCUGCACUCCAGACUUUGCCAUCUUCAAAUUUCCUGUGACUGGCUGUGGGACACAUGUCUUUACGGUGGCGGAGACUACAAUUUAUCUUGCUGAAGUUCAUGGCUUGGUUCGGGGGAACCAGCAGAUGUAUGGACAAAUUACCAGAGAUGGCCCUUAUCGUUUCCAGGUGGAAUGUCGCUAUUCUAAAGGGCAUUUGGCCAGCACUGGUUACUUGGUGGUGAACCCACCGCCUCCAUCAGCAGCCUUGGCUUUUGGCUCACUUGGGGUUAGGUUAAGGAUUGCCACAGACACCAGCUACACUAGCUUCUACCCUCGGUCCCAUCUGCCCCUGAGCUUCUUGCUUGGAAGCAAGGUGUAUCUGGAAGUGCAGCUUGUAAACCCUCCUAACCCCAAUGUAGUUCUGCUGGUCCACUACUGCAUCGCCUAUCCCCAGUCCUCUCAAGCUGCCUGGGUGAUCCUCUAUGAAGGUUGUCCCAACAUCCUGGAUUACAGCAGUGCUGCUGGCCUCCAUGUGAAAUACAAUAACAUGCCUGUAUCCAAGCACACUCGACGCUUUGAAAUACAAAGCUUCCAGUUCCUGGACUACAAGACCAAGCAGCAUUUGGAUGAGGAAAUCUAUUUUAUGUGUUCAACUGAAGUGUGUUCCCCAGAACACCGUGUUUGUAAUGAAGGAUGCUUUGAUGGGAGAGAUAUGCCUGUUCCAGUAGAUCUUGGUGUGGGAGGGCGCUGUGCAGGAAAGCCCUGUCCUGGGAAAUCCAAUGUAGUCAAGCGAGCUGCUCAUGGUCAUACUGGCCUCAUCGCUGUCGGUGAAGGAACCUUCCUUUUGGAUGAGCCUGUGCCCCAUGAACAAAUGGAGAAGCACUGGACACACUUCCAUGGUCUCCUGGGGCUGCUUGCUCUGCUGGUCUCGGUAUCUGUUGUAAUGCUCUUCCUCAAAAAAUGGGUUGUCUUGCAAAUGGCCAGGUCCUAGAGAAGCAGUCUCUAACUUGAAUAAACCUUUUAUCUUGUGUUGACA